CGCGAGACUCCGGGGGCUACUGGGACGGGGGCAGGGAUUCCCGUGCACAGCCCGCCAACGGCGGGCCGCCCAACGUCCGCUGAAGCCACGCCCCUGCUCGUGUCAACUCUAGAAUAGGCGGGGGAACUGGGGCGGGGCUUCAGCGCAGCCAAUCAGCUGUGGAGGAACUAAAAGGCGGGAAAAAGAGGAAGGAAAAGAAGGCUGAGCAGCCGAGUCCCAGGGUGGGCCUGGAACCUCCAGACGGCGGCGCCAAGCCGGCAGAACCCAACAUCCCUGCUCUGGCCUCCCAGGGCCCAGGCAGCAGAACAGCCGCCAUGCAUAUCCCGGAAAGCCUCCAGGACCUGGCCGACAGUGAAGCGGUGCAGUUUCUCAAGAGGCCAAAGGCAAUCACACGGAUCUUUGCAGGGAACAAGACCGACAACUCGCAGCUGCACUGUGUCCUCAACAGCAACAACGCGGCCUGCAGCUUCGCCGUGGGAGCCGGCCUCCUGUCCUUCCUCAGCUCCCUGGCCUUCCUGGCCCUGGAUGCCCACGAGGUCCGCCUCGCCAGCACCCGCUUCAAGACGGCCUUCCAGCUCCUGGACCUCAUCCUGGCCGUCAUCUGGGCAGGCACCUGGGCUGUGGGAUUCUGCUUCCUGGCCAACCAGUGGCACCGUUCGCCGCCCAGAUACUUCCUCCUGGGGAGCAACAGCGCCAAGGCUGCCAUCACCUUCUCUUUCUUCUCCAUCCUCGUCUGGAUAUUCCAGGCCUACCUGGCCUUCCAGGAGCUACGAAACGAUGCCCCAGUCCCCUACAAGCGCUCCCUGGAUGAGGGUGGCGUGGUCCUGACCUCCCUCUCCCCGCCGUCCGCCACCAGCCCGGUCAACACGCCCACCACCGGCCCACACGGCCCGAGCUACGCCUGCUCCUCCCUGUCCCCCUAUCUGAGCACCCCGAAGGCCCCCCGCCUUGCCAUGAUGCCCGACAACUAGAGAGCCUCAUUUACACCAAUAAAGACAGAAUCCUCCCUCCAGAAGGGUUUCGGAAAACA